GGAAACACGUCUGAAUUUUCUUUGGUAGUGCGACACACAGCUACUAACUGAGUGAAAUUUUUGCAACAUGUGUGAAGGAACAGAGAUAGGGGGCAAUAGCUCGUCCUGGGAAGCAUCCAAGCAUCUUUCUGUAUUGUGACAGCAUUCUUGAGAUUCGGAUUUAUCUAUUCUCUUCUGUGGACGAUCUCUUCUGCGAUCUCAGCUACGGAACUCGUUUUGAUCACCCCUACCCGCAAGUACUUUUUUGAUUCCCAACAAGUUUCAUCUUUCCUAUUACGGAUUAGUUUCAGGAUCUCUCAGUUACCAAUAAGCUGCAUUUGUAUUUUCAUCUCAUGUCUACCACUGCAUGAGUCUUUGUUGUUUUGGAUGCUCGUGAAUGUCGUGUUUCGAAUGAACAUCUUCGCAUAUCCUGUUCGGCUAUUCACUCUAUCAAUCAUAAUUUAUUUGAACUUUUAUGCCACUACAACUGCAGCAUCACCAUUUUUAACAACCGCCGGUUCUGUUUAGUUAUCCUUUUCUUCUAGCUUCGUCGUAACCGGGGUUCGAAACGCUGGACGAGGCUCAAACCGUGGGACUUGGGACCUCCGUUUUGGACUUGGAGGUACUUGGCGCACUCAAGAAGUUCUGGUUGUCGUCGACGCAAGGAAAUACUUGAUGAACGACUACGUGCGGCAUAGAGCGGGUCAGCUGCACCCGAAUCCCCACGUUCACGCGACAUGGUGGACAAAAGCCCUCACGAAGCACCGCCAUGACAUGAAGACUCUCAUGUACUUAUACUUUUUUGAGUCCUAGUAUGCGCAGAGACUGAACGGAAAACUUAAUCUUAAAUUAUGUACAUCGACUGAACUUAAUCUUAAAUUAUGUUAAUAUUCGAUCUUGGCUUACUUAGUAAGGAUUGUAUCUUCGUUUGAUCUCAAUUACACACUCGCAACCUCCAGCAUACCCCACACUCAAUGAAGACCAUCAGUACGAAGAUUGUUAAGAUGACCAGACUUUAAUACCGUUUUUUUUCCCAUUCAACUUUUCACAAACAGGUCUCCAGUAAAGAAAAUGAUGACAAGUGGGACGCCAGUAUGUUUAAGGAAAUGCACAUCCGAAUUGUAUCCCGUACUGAGAUCCCUGACUCUUUUCGCCGUGAGAAAUAAGUCAGGGAUGUUUUGAGGAAUGCAAUUCCGUAACCUCUAAUAUGUGCAAGACGAGCGUCAGUAGUUGUCGGUGGUGGGCGGCCAAGCUCCUCUCGGGCACACAACUCUUCUCGAACGACUUUGCAGAGACCGAGUUCUGCGCCACGAGUACGACCAAGUAGUGCACUACCAAGACCAUCGAGUUGGCAAGAGGAAAAAAGUAGUACAAACAGUGACUUCAUAGACGACAUCAUGCAUAGUUGAGGAAGAUGUUCCAAUUCAUAGUUGAAGAAGAUGUUCCAAAUCCAAUUAUUUUUCAGCAAUAUGGCUCGAUCCCCCCCUAGAAGUGCGAAAUAUACCUGUGGCUUGCAUUUACGACAACUGACUCUCACAUUUUCUUGUUAUGCGGACGUUUAGUACGUCGAGCUUAAUAUGAUGGCACUGGCACAUUAAAAAAUCGAUAAUUAAAUUUGAUUUGUUUCUCUCUGACGGACUACCUCCAGGUGCAGAGCUGCCGCCUCAGCGAGUAGACCCAAGACAGACCGUGAAUCCAAGACCCGCAGUGCGUACAAGGGAAACCUUGCGGAAGAUAGAAGAUACAUUCCUAUCAUGCCUAGAGGAGCUUGAUGAAGUACCAAUACUAGUUUUCUACGCUUUGAUUAUCAUUUGUUGUUGAAGGUAGGCCCUGGCCCCUGGAUGAGUCAUAGUACUCACUCUUCUUAGUUUGACAUGACUUUUGUUCCUACUGCAUUGCCUCCAUGGAGAUUUUGAUUUUAAUUUGAUUUAGACCGAGAAAACUGUGUGUCUUUCGCAGGUCGAGAGUAGCGUAUGCCGCGACGAGGAUGUUGCCUUGCUGCGAAAAUUCGCUUUACUCAAAAUUUAUGUCUUCCUCAAGAUCAGUCCAUCCUCAUCAGGGAAAAGAUUCUUGUCUCAUCUUCCAACUCUAAAAAAUGCAAGUAGGAAACGCAGCAAAGGACUUAGACGCUUUGCGGAGUGAAGUGUCGCGUGCCGAUGGUCUCCGUGCUGUGGGUAUGGCUCGCUGAGUGUCAUAAAGUUGCCAAUUUAUUCAUCCAGAAGUCUUGUUUCGCUGUAACAUUGUUCCAAAUUGAAGCUAUGAUUGAUUGCUGUGGUCUAUAAUAAUGUUGCCAUAUUAUUGAUUUUGAAGUCGUCAUUUUGAUUCAUAGCAUGAACAAGCCCCAUACGGGGGAAAUGUUAAUGUUAUGAUAUUCUCCGUACUAGGUAAUAAUGUUUUUGCAGUUUACGCGAACGCAGCCUCCUCCAUUAAAGACCGAUGGACAAUCAACGUGAACAUGAGCAUGAUCCUGAUUAUACAUAGAAUGAUAAUUUUGUCUUUAGAUUGGUUUUGCAAAUCUUGUUCAUAAUCCAUAUUUUGCUACCUCGUUCGUUCUAGGUUGUCUUGGACGAAGGAAACAAAUUCUGCUAGUUUAUUUCUGCUUCUCCAGAAAAAUCAUCUUCACGUGUCGUUGUCGUAGUCGUUAAGAUCGCAGCAUCAACGUUUCUUGUCAUUUCUAUAGUAUACCUGAUUCGCACAGUCAUUUUGCA